AUGGGAAUAUAUGCCCCUACGCUAGGUGCUCUUCUAGCGGGAGUUUUCUUGAACACAUGGUUCUAUGGUAUCGUCACUUAUCAAUACGCUUCGUACUAUGCCUCAAGUUAUAGCACCACCGAUGCCAAUUGGGUCAGAUUCACGGUACUGGGUCUGUUCCUCACAGAUACGUUCCACAGUAUCUCAAUCAUGUACAUGGUCUGGAUAUACGCAGUCGAUGGAUAUGGGAUGCCGGAAACGCUGUUAGUAAUUCAUUGGCCCCUGCCGCUCUCUGCUGUGUCUAUGUCCAUCAUCGCGCUGCUGGUCCAACUAUUCCUGUCGUACCGGAUAUACCUGUUCUCUAACAGAAACAAGAUCUACUUUGCAAUGCUAGCCGCCAUAUCGCUUUGUGGAUCCGGAUUGCGGUUGACCCUAGCAGUGAGGGUGUGGCAGGCCGGAACCAUGCCCGCCUUGGUGUCCAUUAACGCAAUCUUGACCGCAUGGCUUUCCCUGGAGGUUACCAUUGAUAUUCUGAUAGCUGGUAUCUUAUUAUACGUGUUUCGAAGAGCGUCGACGGGCCUUCGACGUUCGGACGCGGUCUUGAGAAAGUUAAUGAGGCUAUCGUUACAAACAGGGUUAUGCACUGCAAUUUUCGCGGUUAUGUGUAUGAUAUUGAGGCUGGCACUUCCCGACACCCAUUUCUACCUAACUGUUGGAUUCUCAAUAUGCCGUGUUUAUACCUGCACCCUCAUGGAUACCUUACUGAGCCGGCGGGAGCUAAGAACCAUUCUGGACGGCGGUGCAACCACCGGCAAUGAUGGGGGUGUAAGCAUCUUCAUGACUCUUCCCGGUCCCUCUGUCGCGCAACCGGAUCGUCACCGCGACAUCUCAGGCGGAUCUGAAAAUGACUCUGUAAAGCAUUAG